ACUGCUUUGCUUUACUUAAGAAACUGAUUGCUCUGUCAGCUGGAAAGAUCUAGGAUUGUUCACUGUUCAGGUUGUUUCUGGAGUAUUUUGUUUCUCUUUAAGAUACCAAGAUGAGCUGCUUCACUUUUUUGAAGGUCAUGAUGGUCUUGUUUAACCUCUUCAUAGUUAUUGGUGGAGGAACACUUUUGGGCAUUGGAAUCUGGGUCGCUGUUGACAGUGUCUCCUUCCUCAAAUUAUUUGGCCCGAUGUCCGGCACCGCUUUGCAGUUAGUGAAUGUGGGCUACGUCCUCAUUGCCCUUGGAGCCAUCUUGUUUGUGCUGGGCUUCCUAGGAUGCUGUGGAGCUCAGAAAGAAAGCAAAUGCCUUCUUAUCACGUUCUUUUCACUUAUCCUGAUCAUCUUCAUAAUUGAAGUGGCUGCUGCUGUAUUGGCCUUGGUCUACACCUCAGUUGCAGAGAAUAUAUUGCGAGGAUCAUUGUCGAAGGUAUUGAAAGAUGAGUAUGGGAAGUCUUCUGACGUUACUACGCUAUGGAAUACCACAAUGAUAGAGCUGAAAUGCUGUGGUCUGUUCAAUUACACAGACUUUGACGAUUCCAAGUACAUAGCAGAAAACCCUGAUACGUAUCCACCACCCUGCUGUAAUGGUCAACUUCCCUGCAAUUCUGCUCAGGCUACAAAAGAGAAAGUGGAGGGCUGCUUCCCGAAGUUGUUGAAGGAGAUACGUAAGAAUGCCAAUGUAGUGGGUGGCAUAGCAGCCGGGAUCGGUGCACUGGAGAUUGCAGCAAUGGCUGUGGCAAUGUACCUCUACUGCCACCUGGAUGAGAAGUAACCGGGAUGGAAGGCUAGGAAGAUGGUGCACAUCUCAACCUUUUCUUAACCUGUGCCUGCAACAAUCAAGCAUUUCUUGGGCCUGACGCCCGUCAUGUGAUUUAACUAUUUGACUCUACCGAGCUGGAAUCUGUAGUGUGUACAUAAAUGAAGUAAUGAAAAAUGGUCUGAAAAGGAAUUUUUGUAAUGCAAAGGAUGCUUGUGUUGAAAGCCAGAAAUAACUGAAUCAAAGGGGGGCGGGCAGGCGGGCGGGCGGGGAGCGGGGAGGCAAGAUCCAAACGUAGCAGUGUUUCUGCCUUUUAAAAAUUGCCUGUGCCACUUUAGAGUUUGGGGUAUUUUUCUGCUGGCUUUGAUACCUGCCAUCCUAAGACACACAAAAUCUCUCUGGGAGCGUAAGCGGCCCAGAAUGCUGUGAAUGGCUUUGAAAGGCUCUCGUUCCAUUCCUAUACGAAUUAUAGAAUUCUGUGUCGGUGUGGUAUAAAAUGGGGGAGAUCAGCAUUGCCUUUAUCAAUACCAGCCCAACCCAAGAGACAAGCAAAAGUCAUGAGCUGCUGUUAACUGCUGGGAGAAAAAGUGCAUGGCUGUGAAGAGUGCCAGUAUGCCAAAUCCAUCCUUCUCUGCAUGAGGACUCUCCUACUCCCUCCCUCUUAGCAUACUCUAUGUGACUUGUCUCUAUGGAUGUCUGGUUGAGCUGGCUUUACCUGAAUGGAGCCCCUCUUAUUCUAUUGUACAUUGACUUAUCCCUUUGUUGUUGUUUUUUACUCUUUGUGAAUACAAUUUAACUUGCAAUCUACCUACAAAAUCAUAUUGUUUGCACACUGACUAUUGCAAU